AUGGUCGAUUAUUCGCACCGCGCAGUAGAGCUAACCAGGGUCUUCCCUUUCGGUCCGCGUGUGUGUCAUUGCUUUUUGGCGACUGGCAACGGGUUUACCCUGUUGGCAAUCAAUAGCCUUGCUAUGUUGGAUGAUCAACAUAAGCAGGGGGCGGCGGUGCGGAGAGAUAGUGCCAAAAGGAAAUACACAAAGGGAAAUAUGGAGUAUAUGCCGAAGGAAAAGAGAUAUGGUGACAACAACGUUGCAGGAGGAACGAAGAAGCAAAAAAGAGAGAAGGUUAAUCCCCGCAUCAGCCAACGAAAAGCCGUUAUUACGGGUAUAUUUUCUUGUUUUCUCCACAUCCAGCACGCUCAUUUCUUGCUCUACGGGGAAGACCGCAUCCACUCAAUCAACCAUCUUGCGCCGCAAAAAGCAAAGCGCAAUCCCUCCAUUCGGACCCCCCUUGUUCCCAAGGGAUCGACUCGCCUCCACCCAUUCUCCAAUACCCGGCUUUCCCAAAAUGACCCACUAUCAACCACUUAG